AUGUCUACAAACAUAUCCAAGCCCUGGCUGAAUCGGGUCCAGCCUCCAGAUCUCACCCUCGUCAAUGUCAAUAUUGUGGACGUCAGCGCCGGUCGCAUCAUCCCCAGCAGCGGCGUUCGUAUCCGCGACGGCGUUAUCGCGGGGAUCGGCCCAGCGGAGCAGAUUUCCAGUCCCGAGUCCACGACAGUUGACUUGCAAAAUCGCUAUCUCUGUCCCGGACUGAUUGACUGUCAUGUGCACUUAACAGCGACGCCGGGAAGUCCCUUACUGAAGGACCUGUUCGCGACCAGUCCGAACGCGAUCGCUUAUCGCACCGCGUAUGUCGCCCGGGAGAUGCUGCUGCGUGGGUUCACAACGGUGCGAGAUACCGGCGGUGCCGACGCGGCGUUGAGAGAUGCCAUUGCCGAGGGUCUUAUCACUGGUCCUCGCCUGUUCAUCGCUGGGAAGGCGCUCUCACAGACGGGCGGACACGGGGACUUUCGAGCUCCGUAUCAGGGCGACGAAGCGAAGUGCUGCGGGGGCCAUUCGCCGUCGCUGGCAAGGGUGUGCGAUGGCGUUCCGGAGUGUCUGGCAGCUGUAAGGGACGAGCUGCGCCAAGGGGCUAAUUUUAUUAAGAUCAUGGUCGGCGGUGGAGUGGCGACCCCGACCGAUGCGCUCGAUAUGCUGCAGUUCACGGCCGAGGAAAUCCAAGCCAUCACCACCACCGCGGCGUAUUCGAACACCUACGUCACGGCACACGCGUACACCACGAAGGCGAUACGUCAUGCAGUGGACAACGGCGUUCGCGGCAUUGAGCAUGGGAACUUCAUCGACCCGGACACGGCCAGGUACUGCCAGAAAAAGGGCGUUGUGUUUACACCCACCCUGGUGACGUAUAAGGGCAUGUCGGAGCCGCCGUUUGACAACUUUCUGGAUGAGUUUAGCCAGGCUAAGAAUCAGCAGGUGCUGGCGAGUGGGCUCAAGGCGCUGGAAACUCUCCGGGAUGCGGGCAUCACUAUCUGCUACGGGUCCGAUCUCCUGGCGGGCAUGCAUCCGCUGCAGAAUCAAGAAUUCAGCAUCCGAUCGGGUGCUUUGAGUUCGGUGGAUAUUUUGCGUUCGGCGACCGUCAACGCGGCAAAGUAUAUUGGAAUGGAAGGAAGGUUAGGCGACGUUAGGGAGGGGGCAAUUGCAGACUUGCUGGUUCUGGAUGCGAAUCCGCUAGAGGAUGUUUCUAUCCUGGAUAGAGUUGACCAGGCCUUAGCGGCGAUUAUCAAGGAUGGACGCGUUGUGACGAGCAGGUUGGAGAGUCUCUCCGUUGAUGCUUUGUAUGAUCCACAUCGCAUUCAGCAUUAA